AUGCUGGAGAUGGAGGCCCUGAACAGCACCCACGCCAGCACCGCCGCCUCCAGCAGCCCCGCUGCGUCCCACGUGGCCAGCAGCGCCAGCGGCAACGAGUACUUCUAUAUCCUGGUGGUCAUGUCCUUCUACGGCGUUUUCCUGAUUGGCAUCAUGCUGGGCUACAUGAAGUCCAAGCGGCGGGAGAAGAAGUCCAGCCUGCUGCUUCUCUACAAGGACGAAGAAAGGCUCUGGGGCGAGGCCAUGAAGCCCCUGCCCAUGGUCCAGGGCCUGCGCUCGGUGCACGUGCCCAUGGUGCUGAAUAUGCUGCAGGAGAGCGUGGCGCCCGCGCUGUCCUGUACCCUCUGCUCCAUGGAAGGCGACAGCGUCAGCUCCGAGUCCUCCUCCCCAGACGUGCACCUCACCAUCCAGGAGGAAGGGGCGGAUGACGAGCUGGGGGAGACUUCCGAGACGCCCCUCAACGAAAGCAGUGAAGGCUCUUCAGAGAACAUCCACCAGAAUUCCUAG